AUGCGCUUCUCUCUCGCCACCGCUCUACUAGGCUUGGCCACCGUGGCCUGCGCUCGUGUCACCGACAUCAACGUAUCCGGCAGUGCUCUCGUUCAACGGCAGAAUGCUAAUCGGCCUGUUCCUUCUGGCGCUUGCUGUGUUGCCAACACCAACUUGAAGCAGGACACCUGCACCAGUCAGUCUGGCGCGACCGGCCGUUGUGUCCCCGGUGGUAAUGAUUGUAAGUCAAAUGAUGCAAGAAAUAUGGUAGCAACAUGCGGCUGA